AUGCUACUAAUAGAUCCAUUCAGAAAUACCGCACCAUCCAUCCAUAAUGCAAGGCUCCAAGUUGAGGCAGAGUUUAAGACCUAUUUAUUUCUUCACUGGGAUUUCUAG